AUCAGUUACACCCCACACGGCUGUCCUUGUUUUGUAUUCAGGUGCCUUAGGUAUAAGAAGGUCUUGGCCAAAGUUUUCUUUUGAAAGACGAUGUUCCUUUCCAUCAAUGACCCACCAAGGAUGGAGAAGGACAGAAACCACUUGGCUGCAAGGAUAUUAGACCUCACCCUAGAGAUCAUCUCCUUGAUAACUGGAGAGGAUUACACAGUAGUGAAGAAGUCGUCUGGUGAGUGUGUGACACCCCGUGUGUCAGGAGGACGGAGCAGGACCCAGAGCCCCAUCACUGAGCCUCCACCUAAUUCCCAGAUACAUGAGCAGAAGAUCCUAGAACUUACCACCAGGAUCACUGAGCUGCUGAGCGGAGAGGUUCCUGUAAGGUGUCAGGAUGUCGCUGUCUAUUUCUCCAUGGAGGAGUGGGAGUAUUUAGAAGAACACAAGGAUCUGUACAAGGACGUCAUGAUGGAGAAUCACCAGUCCCUCACAUCACCGGAUGGAUCCAGUCAGAGAAAUCCACCAGAGAGAUGUCCCAGUCCUCUGUAUUCCCAGGACUGUCCAGAGGAGAAACCAAAUAUCCCACUGGAUCAUCAGGAAAGUUCUGGUGGAACAAAGCAUGGACUUGAAAAUCCUAUAUCAUUGUUUGUGAAUGGUAAAGACUGGAUAAGAGACUCCCAUGGACAUCUUUUAUAUAGUGAAAUAGGAAAUGACAAUUAUGCACAAGCUAAUUCAAUAACUUUCAAUGUACCUUCAUACCUGCUCAGCGGAGAUCUAUCCACUGAUACUGCUGGUCACAAGAAACCAUCAUCACAAGGGACAAUAUUUCCAUUUGAGAAAUCAUUUCAAAAGAACUGCAAUCUUUCUUUCAAUCAAACAAUUCACAGUAAUGAAAGGCCAUUUUCAUGCUCAGAAUCUUCAGCAUGGAAUCAUGAGAUCAUAAGAGGCUCCGAUGAGCGAACCCGGUGA